UCUUACAGGGUCCUUCGAUAAUUGCUUGAAUGUCCGUAACAUCUUCCUCGUUCAAAAUAACACGGAUACCCUCGGGUGGUUGUGCAGCUAAUUCGCUCAUUUCCUUGGCUACUCGUCGGAUAAUUUGUGGGGAUAAGUUUUCGACAUUUGAUUUCUGAAAUGCAAAUCAUGAUACCAAGUUGAUUAUUCAGGUGAAAACAUAUACAAGGGAGAAGCCCGUCCCCUUAACCAGAACAUAAACAAGAAGCACUGCCAUUAAAGUUUAUAGUUACGAAAUAAUAUGUGUCAUCGAAUACUUACAGAACUUACAGCAGCCAUGUUCAAUGAAUUUUGAAGGAAAUAUCAACUAAACGCGCUCGGAACGCGAUUAUUUAAUGUAUACUGUUAGAAAAUCUUUAACGUCACAACAUCAGCACAGCAUCGCCUGCAAUAACCAACAUUUUGAACUGACAGCCAAUCGCGUGCGAGUUACAAUAAUCUCGAAGGCACAAGUCGAUUCUUCGUCGUUUCGUGUGUUUUCAAGCAAGAAGGAGUCCGGCGUCUUGGACUUUUGCCGAAGCACCAACAUCGUAAUUAAAUUAAAGAACAAAGAAAUGGUUAAAUCUGGAAAAAUAUAAGUUUCAAUAAUGCGAGAAAACUGCAGGCGUGUUCCACACUGAAUUUCAGUUGAUUACACAUUCGCGUCAUAGUUACACUGUGUUCUCCGUUAAAGCAAAUUUAAAUACUUCGUUAUACGUUGGACAGGAUGACCGACAGUGCGGCAAUAGAGAAGGUCAGACUUCAUUUACGUUACUUAUACAUAUAUUGUUUAAAGAAACAGAAAUGAAUACCUUCCUUAACUUUUAACAAGAAAAUGCGUUAGCUGCUACAUUCUGUAGUCUCGCAAUGGAAAAACACAUGAAACAGUUAAAACGCAGAAUGGAAUGUUGGCGUGAAGUAAUACUUCCAUUGAAUUCCAUUCUAUUAUGGGAACGAUCUUGGUAUCCUGGUCUUAUAAUUGGAGUAACAAGUAUGAUUUUCUUUUUAAUAUGGAUAUUGGAGCCUGCUUUUCUUACAAUAAUAUCUGUAUUCCUUCUUGCGUUAGCCUUGGUUGAUUAUUUUGUACCACCUAUAACGUCCCUUUUGUGUACUGUUAAUGGUUGGACAGGUCAAAAAGAGAAAAAAUUGAAUGAGAUUUGUCAAAAUUUGUCUGCUACAAUUUUACAGCUACAAGGUGUUUGGAAUUCAAUGUUACAAACACGAAAUGAUCGUCCUAAUUUUUAUUAUGCAGGAAUAAUAACUUGCCUUAUCAUUUGUACAUGGAUUGGAAGUACAAUCAACAAUUUACUUUUGUUUUAUAUUGCAGUGAAUGCAAUUCUACUUUCACCAGGACUCAGACACAAAAGACGUGUAAUGUCAGCGAUAACCUUUAUACGCGAUCAUUUGUCAGAUGCAAAAAAAUCAUAAUCAACAUUUUGUACGUAUAAUCAUUCUUUUUAUUCUUUAUAUCACUUUUUAUUGGAGACAAAUUAACACUUGUUCAGAGCUAGGGAAAAAUAGACUAUUUGCUUUUAAAAAACGUAAGUGUCAUACGAUUGUAUUGCGAAUUAUAUAUGAUUGUAUAUGCUGAUCUUUUUUGUCGUUUUAUAUAAUAUUUAAUGUAACUCAUUAUCGAUAUACUUUCAUGCCAUAAAUAUGUUUUAAUAUCAUUUUCUUAUUCAUCUCUAAUAAUAAGAAUAUUUCAUGUUUUACAAUUAUUUGUUUAAUCUUAAACAAGUACUUAAUUGUUUCAAUACUAGUCAGUGUAUUUUUAUUAUAUGUAAU